AUGCAGAGCUUCCUGACUCUGCUGAGGGACCACAGGGUCACCUGUCCACCACCUGCAGAACUGGUGACCCUUGUAGGCAGGCUGUGCCGUGACCUGCAGGAUGACCUUGCUCAGGCACAGCCUUUGGUCUCAGCCAUUCUGGACAGCCAGCUCCGAAUGUACCUCCUAGACAAUGCAGACGUGGCCCUGAUGUGUGCUCGUGUCCUGGAGCAGCAGGGCCAGCAGGAGGCAGCCUGCCAACUUCUGGAGGGCUGUCGAGUACCAGGAGGCAGCCAGGAGCUAGUGCAGCUCUGGAACGACAUCCAUUACCGUCUGGUCAUGAGGAGACUCGAUGUGGCUGUGCUGACCCCGGUGCAGAAGUUCCGCUGCAGGAAGAGGAACCCUCCACCUCCUUCACUCUGCCCAGAGGGGCUGAAGAGCCGGAACUUCCCCAGAGAUGUUCGCCAGAAGCUGUACGACUUCGCUUUAGGGGUUAGCACCAACCCCAGCAAAGCUGAGAGGGAGAACUUGGCAUUGGAGACGAACUUGACCACUGAGCAGGUGUACAACUGGUUUGCCAAUUACCGGCGGCGCCAAAGGGCCCUUCCCAAGCACAUGGAGCCAGCUCAGAAGGCCAUGGCGGAAGACCCCAGUGUAAGAGAGAAGUGUCCUGACAUGCUGCAGCCCUCAGGCCACUCCCGUGUUGACUCUGGGUUUGUGGACAGGCCUCAGUGGUCAGAGGGACAUGAGGAAAAUCGGCCCUCACGGUCUCCAGAGACUACCCAAGGACCGUGGGAGCUGCUGGCCUUGGCCCCGGACGUUACAGAGGAUAAGACAGUCUCUAAGCCACUGGUUCCCAGCAGCAUUCCCCGGAGUGUGCACCCAGAGCAGGGUCCAGGUACCAGCAGUGCAUGUGCAGAGUCACAGGUGGGCAGCUUCCUGGUGACACAGCCCCCACCACAGGCUCCCAAAUUCAUCGUGUCCCAUAGCCCUCCAGAGAUGCCUCCAGCCCCAUCUACCUUUUCUGGCCCCGUGUCUGCCAUGGAGCUGAGCCAGCCCCUGCCCUCUAGCCAGGUGCAGUGGCCUGAUGGCCAGGCCUCCUCUGAUGCCUUCUGGGGAGCCAGGAUGCUCCUUGAAUUGUCAGGGAGCAGCCUGGCCUGA